UUUGAAUAUUGCUGAAUGAGGCAUCUAGGAUAAACAUUUCUAGACAAUAAAGAAAGUAUUUUCCAUGGCUGGUACAGUGCUCAUAUGGCGUUCAACUAACUAGAAACAGCCAGGGGAAAUAAUAGUGGGGCUGAAUGUACAGAACUCUGUUCUAAUGCAGACGAAGUCCAAUAAAUUUAAAGCUGAAGCAAACAUGAAACCAAGAAUAAUUCGGAUGCACCGCGUAAAUCAUUACCUCGGUACCAAUGUGGUGGACCUGCAGUUACAGCACUGUUUGCCUCUAAAACCGAUAGUCAUUCCAGAGGUUAUCAGCACAAAAUGCCAGGCUCUGAGCGGUGACCUUUGAAGAAUUGUGAAAGUGUUUCUCCUGUUUCAAAGUUUAUGGUGAAGAAUUUGGAUGACUGCCGCCUACACCAGGGAAAGGUACUAAAGAGUCACUUUGUUUCUGUCUUUACAGAGGAAGAGGGUGGAGAUCUGGCCCAGCCGGGCAUCAGUUUUCCAGGGUCCACAGAGGAGGAACUAGACCAGCAGUACUCAUGGUCACCGACUCAGCACUUCAAUGAAGAAAGAUACUCCCCUGCUCCUAGGAAUAUGAAAGGGUUAUCCGGGAGUCGAAAUCAACCACAGUUAUGUUCUGGUCAUACUUGUGGCUUAACACCCCCUGAAGAUUGUGAUCAUACUCAUGACCACAUUCACCAUGGGCAGGAAACAAGGCAAUCCUACUUGCUCAGCCCAACUGACAGCUGCCCCAUGGACCGCCAUCGUUGUUCACCCAGAAGCUCCAUCCAUUCCGAAUGUAUGAUGAUGCCCAUGAUGAUGGGCGAUCAUAUGUCUAGUAGCACUUUUCCCAGAAUGCACUAUAGCUCGCAUUACGAUACAAGAGACGAUUGUGCCAUGUCUCACGCUAGUACUAAAAUUAAUCGAAUUCCAGCCAAUCUUUUGGACCAGUUUGAGAAACAACUCCCUCUCCACAGGGAUGGAUUCCAUACUUUACAAUACCAGAGGACUUCAACCGCUGCAGAACAACGCAGUGAGAGUCCAGGGAGAAUACGACACCUUGUCCAUUCUGUCCAGAAGCUCUUCACCAAGUCUCAUUCUUUAGAAGGCUCUUCCAAGAGUAACGUCAAUGGGACCAAAGGUGACAGUAGAGUGGAUGAUCACCACCACAGCCACCAUUCGAAACACAGUAAAAGAAGUAAAAGCAAGGAGCGGAAACCUGAAAGCAAGCAUAAAUCUGGCAUGAGUAGUUGGUGGAGUUCUGAUGACAAUUUGGACAGUGAUAGCACCUACCGAACACCCAGUGUGGUUAAUAGGCAUCAUGUAGAUCACAUCUCCCACUGCUACCCUGAAACUCUCCAGGGCCCCUUUGGGGAUCUUUCACUGAAGACUUCCAAAAGUAAUAACGACGUCAAGUGUUCUGCCUGUGAAGGUUUAUCUAUGACCCCGGAUGCAAAGUACAUGAAAAGGAGCUCCUGGUCCACUCUUACAGUAAGCCAGGCAAAAGAAGCUUAUCGCAAGAGUUCCCUUAACUUGGAUAAGCCUCUGGUCCAUCAGGAAAUCAAGCCUUCCUUGAGGCCAUGCCAUUACCUUCAGGUGCCUCAAGAUGAGUGGGGAGGGUACCCAGCUGGUGGUAAAGAUGAAGAAAUACCCUGCAGGAGAAUGAGAAGUGGGAGUUAUAUUAAAGCCAUGGGGGAUGAGGAGAGCGGAGAAUCAGACUCUAGCCCCAAAAUGUCACCAAAGGUAGCAAUCCGACCGGAGCCCUUGUUAAAGUCCAUUGGACAGAGACCACUUGGAGAUCACCAAACCCCGAGCUACCUGCAAGCUGCAAGUGACGUGCCUGUUGGUCACAACCUGGAUCCCUCUGCCAACUACAACUCCCCGAAAUUCCGCUCCAGGAACCAGAGCUACAUGAGAGCCGUCAGCACCCUGAGUCAGGCCAGCUGUGUGAGCCAGAUGAGUGAAGCUGAGAUCAAUGGGCAGUUUGAAUCGGUGUGUGAAUCCGUCUUUAGUGAAGUUGAAUCUCAGGCCAUGGAUGCCCUUGACCUCCCUGGAUGUUUCCGAACAAGGAGUCACAGUUACCUUCGGGCCAUUCAAGCUGGUUACUCCCAAGACGAUGAAUGUAUUCCUGCAAUGACAUCCUCCAACAUCGCCUCAACCAUCAGGUCAACAGCAGCUGUAUCGUACACAAACUACAAAAAAACACCCCCACCGGUACCUCCGCGGACCACCUCUAAGCCGCUGAUUUCGGUGACAGCCCAGAGCAGCACCGAAUCCACCCAGGACGCCUAUCACGACAGCCGGACUCAGAGGAUUUCCCCGUGGCCGCAGGAUGGCCGAGGCCUCUACAACUCCAGCGACAGUUUGGACAGCAACAAGGCCAUGAAUCUUGCUCUAGAAACGGCCGCUGCUCAGCGCCAUGCCUCGGAGAGCCAGGGCGGCCCAGCACGGACCAGCGACAAGGCAAUUCUAGUAUCCAAAGCCGAAGAGUUCCUCAAGAGCCACCGGUCCUCUGUGGGGAUCCAGGAUUCUGAAUUCCCAGAGCAUCAGCCAUACCCAAGGUCAGAUGUGGAAACAGCUACAGAUUCUGACACGGAGAGCCGAGGCCUACGGGAAUAUCACUCUGUUGGCGUGCAAGUAGAAGAUGAAAAGCGACACGGACGUUUUAAACGUUCCAAUAGUGUAACUGCCGCCGUCCAAGCAGACUUGGAACUGGAGGGCUUCCCGGGACACAUCACCAUGGAGGACAAAGGUCUCCAGUUUGGUUCAUCCUUCCAGCGACACUCAGAACCUAGCACUCCUACUCAGUAUGGAGCGGUAAGAACUGUACGGACACAGGGACUCUUCAGUUACAGAGAAGAUUAUAGGACCCAAGUUGAUACUUCAAACCUUCCCCCUCCCGACCCGUGGUUGGAGCCAUCCAUUGAGACAGUAGAAACUGGGAGAAUGUCUCCAUGUCGCAGAGAUGGGUCAUGGUUUUUGAAACUGCUGCACACAGAGACAAAGAGAAUGGAAGGCUGGUGUAAAGAGAUGGAAAGAGAAGCAGAAGAAAAUGAUCUCUCAGAAGAAACUCAUUAUACUUCUCGUUCUGUCAUCAAUGGAGAAUGUGGCUCUAGUUGCGAGAUGUUUUGUUCCGUUGUUCUUCACGAUCAAAGGCUGAAUUCAGACCAGAUACAAGAUCCCAGCGCCAUGCCAAGGCCUACCUCCCAGGACCUCGCAGGGUACUGGGACAUGUUGCAGCUUUCCAUUGAGGAUGUCAGCAUGAAGUUUGAUGAACUGAACCAGUUAAAGCUCCAUGACUGGAAGAUAAUAGAGUCACCUGAGAGGGAGGAAGAGAGAAAGGUCCCCCCUCCAAUACCAAAGAAGCCCCCAAAAGGGAAAUUUCCUAUCACGAGAGAAAAGUCCCUUGACCUGCCCGACAGACAACGUCAAGAAGCUCGAAGACGCCUCAUGGCCGCUAAGAGAGCAGCGUCCUUCCGACAGAAUUCUGCCACCGAGCGGGCUGACAGCAUUGAGAUCUACAUCCCGGAGGCCCAGACCCGACUUUAA